AUGUCAGAUAUAGACAACUCUGAGGUGGAUUCUCCAUUCACGGCCGAUACAACACCAGCUCCCAAACAAAGAACUCCGCAGCUCUUCCUUGAUGUAGAGGAUAAGACGGAAGAGGCCCGGUCCAAGUUUUCGGAGUUGGAAGCAUGUACCUAUUCUAGCAAGUUGAUUGGUUCCUCGGGCCAACAGGAGUAUAUGACGUGUGACUGUGUGGAAGAUUGGGAUUCAGAGUCUCAGCGCAACUUGGCCUGUAGCGAUGAUUCCAACUGUAUAAACCGUGUAACCUCUGUGGAAUGUAUCAAUGGCCAUUGUGGUUGUGGAAAGAACUGUCAGAACCAGCGUUUCCAAAAAAGGCAAUAUGCCUCAGUUUCUGUUUUUCAGACAGAACUCAAGGGUUAUGGUUUACGAGCAGAUGAUGUUAUUCCCGAAGGUGGAUUCAUCUAUGAAUAUAUUGGCGAAGUCAUAGACGAAGCUAGCUUUAGAGCCAGAAUGAUCGAUUAUGAUUCCAAGAAUUUCAAGCAUUUCUACUUCAUGAUGCUCAAGAACGACUCGUUCAUCGAUGCCACCAUCAAAGGUUCAUUGGCCAGAUUCUGCAACCAUUCAUGUAGUCCCAAUGCUUUCGUUGAUAAAUGGGUCGUUGGCGACAAGUUGAGAAUGGGGAUCUUUGCCAAAAGAUCCAUUCUGAAGGGUGAGGAAAUUACUUUCGACUACAACGUGGACAGGUACGGAGCACAAUCACAGCCAUGCUACUGUGGAGAAGCCAACUGUAUCAAAUUCAUGGGUGGAAAGACUCAGACUGACGCGGCGUUGUUCUUGCCAGAUGGUAUAGCUGAAGCCUUGGGAGUUACUCCCAAGCAGGAAAAGCAGUGGUUGAAAGAAAACAAGCAUCUUAGAGCUAAACAGCAAAGUGAUGAUGCUGCAAUCAAUGAAAAGUUCGUCAGGGAAUUGAUUGUAGAAGAAUUAAAGGAAAAUGAUGUUUCGAAGGUGAUGGGAGCUUUGAUGAAAUCGCAGGAUCUCAAUAUCAUCAAGAGAUUAGUAGAAAGAAUUCACAAAACCAACGACGAUUUCAUCAAUUCCUUGAUUAUCCGAUUCCAUGGCUACAAGACAUUAUCGACUAUAAUCAAGGAAUUCAAAUCGGAGGAAGACUUGAUUGUACCGAUUCUUGAGAUCUUGGGCAAGUGGCCAAAAGUAACAAGAAACAAGAUUUCAUCCUCUCAAAUCGAAAGUGCAAUCCAAGACAUCAAGUCUUCGACCAGUAACGAAGAAAUCCGCACAUUGUCCACUGAGUUAUUGAAUGAGUGGAGUAAAUUACAGAUGGCCUACAGAAUCCCCAAGAGUAAGAACUCCUACUCUUUGCUGUAUGGAAGAAACACCAGAUCGCCUGAACCGGAAGAACCCAAUGCAAGCAGUGAACUCAAAGAAUCUAGUGAAGAAGCAUUGCCUGCUGGUUGGGAAGUGGCAUACGAUCCAAAUACUGGUAACAACUAUUACUUUCAUAGAGAGUUGAGUCUCACCCGUUGGGAUAGACCCACAGCAUCUGUGCCUACUGGACCAAAGACUCCACAAGGAAGAGGAGCUGGAUCAAGAGGAACAUUGCCUAAAGGACCGAGAGAUAAUGGAUUCCAGCAGAAGGAUAUGAACAGAAGAGAAGAAGAAAGAUUGAAGCAGGAAAAGGAAGAGCAGUUCAACAAACUCCAAGAAAAGGAGAAGCAGUUGUUAUUAUUGAUUCAACAGGCUGGAGAACAGGAAAGACAGAAACAGUUAGAGGAAAAGACACAAAAGGUAACAAAGAACAAGAAGUCGUCUAAUGGUCAACACCGCCAUCACAAAUCGCACGAUGACUCAAAAAAUAGUAGCUCCAAGUCCAUUUCAGUAGAGGAUAAAUGGAGGCAUGUUUUGGCCAAACAUGUUCCCAAUUUGAUCAAAAAGCAUGAGAAGGAAGUGGGUAGAGAAAAUAUAAAAGGUUGUGCUCGUGAUUUGGUGAAGAUUCUUGUGGCCAAGGAGUUGAAGAAAGAUGCCGAAAUCUCUCCUCCCAAAGAGUUGGACAGUAACAAACUUAAGAAAAUUAAAGAGUACUCGAAAGUGUUUAUGGACAAGUUCUUGAUUAAGUAUAGAGCAAAACAUGAAAAACACAGAGACGAUAAAAAGAGGGCCCAUGAAGACGAUGGUGAAGAAAACGAUGUCAAGAGGGUAAAGGAAUGA